GUGGCCGUGGAGCACUGGCACGAGGGCAGCCUUUGGAGAUCCGGAGACCAGCGGGAGCACUGCGAGGUGGGAGGAUGCUGCAGCGCGCCGGGGGCUGACGCGCGGUGCUGUGGCCGCGGGGAGCGGUGCCCCCGCCGCCCACCCAUGCUCCCUGCCGGCAGCCGGGGCAGCGCCCCGUGACGAGUGGCAGCAGGCGCCCGCCGUACUGGGACUGGGACCGGGACCGGGACUGGGACCAUCACCCCCGCGCCAUGACGAGCCUCUUCCGACGCAGCAGCAGCAACGGCGGGUCGCGCGGCGGCUCCUCAGCGCAGGAGCUCAACAACAGCCGCCCCGCCAGGCAGGUCCGCCGGCUGGAGUUCAACCAGGCCAUGGAGGACUUCAAGACCAUGUUCCCCAACAUGGACUACGACAUUAUCGAGUGCGUCCUGAGGGCCAACAACGGCGCCGUGGACGCCACCAUCGACCAGCUCCUGCAGAUGAACUUGGACAGCAGCGGCUGCGACGACAGCUCGGACUCGGAGGACAGCAUCCCCCCCGAGAUCCUGGAGCGGACCCUGGAGCCGGACAGCUCGGAUGAGGAGCCCCCCCCCGUGUACUCCCCCCCUGCCUACGAGAGCCAGGCGCUGGGCACCCGCUGCCCCCGCGCGCCCCCCACGCCGCCGCCCAGGACGGAUGUGCCAGGGCCCGGCAGCACCCAGCUGCCCAGCCGCUACAGGAACUGGAACCCGCCGCUCCUGGGCAACCUCCCCGAGGAUUUCCUGCGCAUCCUGCCCCAGCAGGCGCCCCGUGCCCAGGGCUCUCCAGGCUGCCGGCAGCCCGUGCCGAGGGGGCUCAGCCCGCGGGGCCAGGGCUCCCUGGAGCAGGAGAGGAGGUGGAAGCAGUACCUGGAGGACGAGCGGAUCGCGCUCUUCCUGCAGAACGAGGAGUUCAUGAAGGAGCUACAGAGGAACAGGGAUUUCCUGCUGGCCCUGGAGAGAGACCGAUUGAAAUACGAGUCAAAAAAGUCCAAGUCGAGCAGUGCUGCUGUCAGCAACGAUUUUGGUUUCUCCUCCGUAAUAUCAGGUGAUGCAGCCCCCCCCGUAACCAGCGAGGCCGGCAGUGCCGUGUCCGACGAUGCCUUAUUCAGAGACAAAUUGAAACACAUGGGAAAGUCAACCCGCAAGAAGCUGUUUGAACUUGCCAGAGCCUUCUCUGAGAAGACGAAGAUGAGGAAGUCGAAAAGAAAACACUUGUUGAAGCACCAGGUGCUGGGGACAGCAGCUUCCACGGCAAAUCUUCUCGACGAUGUCGAAGGACACUCGUGCGAUGAAGACUUCCAAGCACGGAGGCAGCAGCUCCAGGAGGAGGAGGAGACGCCAAAGGAAGGGCAGUAAAUGGUCCCAGCACUGGGCUUUAUUGCUGGCACAGAACAUGCAAAAGGCUUAAGAAGAAGAUGGCUGAAAAGGAAAAAAAAAGACAAACACCCAACAACAAACAACCCAGUUUUUGGCUGUUCCCCCUCUGCUUUUGUACUCCUCUGAAGUACAAGUAUUGAAGUGAGGCACAAAGUUUUCUUACCAGGGGUUUGAAAACAACUUCUCCUAUCUAGCAAAUCAGCCAAAAAAAAAAAAAAAAGGAAAAAAAAAAGGAAAAAAAGUCGGCAGCUGACCCGAGCUGCAGUGGAGCCGGUGGAUCUCAGACACGAGGAGCAGCCGUCUGUCCUGCUUGAUCCAAGCGGCGUCGUGAGAAGAGUGAAAAUCAGUUGUGCUAACGAGGAUGCGUUCAAACGUGGGGAUCUGCUCGGCCGGAGUGUUCCUGAACAUAUCUCUGUAGCGAUCGGAUGUAACCGUGCUCUGCACACGCAGGAAAAGAAAACACAGGAGAAGGAGAACCUAAAAAUCGUUGUCUACUAUUGCUAGGAGUAAUGAGCAGAGAUUCAGAUCAGGUAAUAGUCGAAUAAUAUGAAUUGUUUAUAAAAGGAAAGGCCUUCUUUUCCAAGGCAUUUCACUUUGAAUUAAACCUUUGCCUUUGGCAUUGCUCAAACUGCCUUGAAGCCUGGACCCGAAGUGGCCGCAGCGAGGCCGGCUCACUCCAGCUGCACUCACUGUGCCGGCACAGCACACGGCACCACCGCGGGCAGCACCAGGGGCUGGGUUUCUCAUCGAUUUAACCCUCAUGGCCGAGCCGGGCUACGUCCGCCAGGGGUGGCAUGCUGGUGGUGCUCCCCGGGUGCCAGGCAGGGCCCUCGGCGGGCCUGGGGACGCCCCUGCUGUAGGUAAGAUGCAGAUUUGGGCUGGAAGCCCGAGCCGGGCGUUUGCAGCUGGGGCUGGCGGAGACAUUCUCGGCACGGAGCGUUUGCACAAGGGCUUUCAGGAGCUGCUGUGGGGCUGGGGCUCAGGGUGGCAGCAGGAGAGCUUCCCUUCCCCGGGGGCUUGUUUUACCAGGGGAGGGCAGGGGUGGCCGGGAGGCAGCGCUCGAAUCGUUGCAGCAUUCAGAGAUGCUGUCAGGCUAAAAAUAAUUACGUAAACAAAUUCCUUCCCUGUGUAAGUAAUGAGUGACGAGCAUUAAGUCAGAAAUUGCUCCCGCCAGCACAUUUUCUUCUCCUUUAUCGGCAUAAUCUGUUUACUGCUCAAUUCAGGAGGUGGCUGUAGACGUGCCUGUUUCACUUUCUGGCUCCUGUGAACCAGCACAAAUGUUGCAAGAUUUGAGCUGUGAAGGCGGCAGACGCGGCAGCCCCAGCCAUCAGACACACACGCAACUGUUGUCCCUGCCUCUCCGCGGGGUUUGGUAACAAAAGCCCACAUUGCAGGCUCUGGCUCCCGACAGGCUCCUUUUCAAAUCCUCCCCGGAGCCCGCAUGCCUUUGAAGCGGACGCCAAGAUUUUUUUCCCCGCGAGCAGCGCAGCCGCUGCACCUGCUGAGCGCCGCUGCCCUCACCACCACAGCGCCGCGCCUCGCUGCCCCGAGGCCGUCCUCACCGGGGGACACGGCGCUGGGGGACACGGCGCUGGGGGACACGGUGCUGGGGGGCGCAGCAUGCCGUCAGCACAACCUGUGUGCUCCCACACACACCAGGGCUCUGCGCAGCCUGGGCGCUGUGGUCGCAGGCAGGCUGCUUGCACCAGGAGCCCGGCGAGGUCCGAGUCCCUGGGAUCGGAGCAGCAGAAGAUCCACCCCCGGGCCUGAUCCUGGCUUUGGUGUCUGCUUCUUUUCUUUCUAAGGAAGGGGAGAGGAGCAUCCCUCAAGUCUUGGCACUGGCUGUAGGAGAUGGGCUGCAGCAGUCCCAGGCGAUGCCGGCCUUGCCUCGAAGGUGACUUUGUGGCUGCAGCAAUGGGACGUGGGGAGGUGCAGGAGAGGCACGGUGCUGCCCUGUGCUGUGCAGGAUGGUGUCUGGCAGGGUGUGCGUCCCCCAGUGUGCAGGGGCAAAGCGUGAAGCUGGGGCUUCAUGCUGGGAACAGGAGGCCCUUCAGGACCAGAGCGGGGCUUUUAUCCCUAGCCUGGGACUGGCAGAAAGCAAGGAGGGGCGACUUCCCCAUCCCCUGCUGGCUCUGAGGUUAGCAGGAGGCUGCUGCCGCUCCCUCCCAGUCCAAAGCAGCUCUGCAUAUUUGGAAGAAAACCAAGCCUGGAAUUGGAUCAGCUUGUAAAUGUUCCAGCGCCUCUGAGCUACUGAGUGCUUAACUUUCAGCUAAGUCUCCGUGAGCGCAGGACGCACCGACAGGCGGUGGAGCAGAAGCUCGGGCUCCUGCGGGUAGGGAGCUACUUGUCCCCGCGGCGCCGUCACCCGACGGCUGCUCUGGUGGCAGCACGAGGGGCUGGGGAGGAGCAGCAGCGAGGUGCUUGUGGCCAGAUGGGUGCUUCAAGCCCAUGGCCAAGCGCUGGUCGGGCCCUAGGAGGGUUUGUCGUGCUCCUUGUGCUUUUACGAGAGCUACAUAAGGCUUUGGUCUGCGGUCUGGUGCCCUGGGCGAGCCAUUUCCAGGCCACGUCGCAGGUCAGGCCUGCUGGAAAUAGGGGCAGUGGUGGGGGACAGGGUCACUGCGCAGCCUCCGUCCGCUGCGGUGCGAGCCCAGUGCUCCGCGGGGGCUUGGGGCUGUGUUCGUUAACACGGUCUAACAACUUGCCCUUAAAUAUCCUAGUCUAGGCAAAGCCUCGCUGAAUGAUGUCACUCUGCAGCCAUUUCAAAAUAUCUUGGAGGCACAAAGCAUCAUUUCAAAGGAGGAUGGAGAGUGAUUAUUUUUAUCUCCUUUAAAAAAAAAUAAGUCA